AUGACGGACCCUCGCCCAUACCACAUCCUGAGCUACGGCACCCUCCUCGGAACCCAGUUCUACCAGUCAUUUGUUGGUGGAUUCGUGGCCUUCCGCGCUCUCCCGCGGCCUCAGUUUGCUAGCCUCCAGACCGCCAUUUUCCCCAUCUACUUCUCGCUCCAGACUGCGCUUCCAGUAGUCGUUGCGUUGACUGCAUCCCGCGGCGGGGAAGCCCUCGGUCUUUCGGGCCUUACAGCGCCCGAGAACCGCCUCAACACUCUCCUACCCAUGGCAACUGUGGCUGUGACUGGGCUGGUGAAUAUGUUUGUCUUGCGUCCCAUCACCGUCAACGUGAUGCGCGAGCGCAAGCACCAAGAAACCCGCGAUGGCAAGCGGAGCUACGACCCUGCGCCUCACUCCAAGGAGAUGCUUGCCUUGAACAAGAAGUUUGGCCGUGUGCACGGCAUCUCUAGCUUGGUCAACCUUCUUAGCUUGGUUGCCACUGUCUGGUACGGUGCUGUCUUGAGCAAGCGACUUCAGUAA